CCGGGGAAUCAGCCCAUCGGGGGCAGUAAUGAGCGCUCAAUGCUUUUACUACCGUUAGAAGAAGAAGACGAAUGUCCUCUGCUGCGGAGAUCUCAAACAUGGGCUCGAAAGUUACACGCAUGAUCAGAAACUUUAAUGUAGAGAAUCGCGCUCUCCGGGAAAUAAGCAAGGCAAAACCUAAAGCUGCACCACGACAUCCGUCAUCGAGCAAUUUCUCACAAGAAGACAUUCCUGCCACCAGCAUUUCAGAAGAGAUUCGCCAGAGGAACAAUCCACUGCUGUCAAUGCUCAAGGACGUUUAUGUGGAGUCUAAAGAUCCUGUUUCUCAGGCUGAAGCAGUUCCGGUGGUUAAGAAGAACAAGCAGGAGAUGCCACGCAGGGAGCUAAAGUACAAUCUGCCGGGAGACCCCUAUGGUUUUUUCGAUGUCACUGAUGUUCCCAAAGGCAAACUGUCGCUUGUGGAAGCUUUAACUGCCCUGAACAAUCACAAACGCAUGCCUAAAACAUGGACUCCAGAGAAGCUGGCACAGGAGUACUCUCUGGAACUAAAAGAUGCCAAAGCACUGAUCGAUUUCUUUUUUCCUUUUGAUGUCAAAAUCAUUCCACCCCAAACAGAGAAAACUAAGCAGAUUCAGGAUUCUUCGCAUAUAUGAACACUCGAGCCGUCUCUGAAACAUGCACAGCAUCGGAAUGCAAGUGUUUUGACAUGUUGAUUGUAGUGUUUUGUAUUAUUUGUUUUUGAAGGGCCUGUCAACUUAUUUAUUAAUUUGUUGUCAUUUAUUUUAUUGAGAAGUUAACCAAGAUAUAUAAA